AUGACUUUCUGUGGCCUAAACAAACAAUUGUCAGCUGAUCUUUACCCGCCUCCCGACACCACACUCUGCCGUCAGUCCUGUAUCAGACAGACCCACAGUACCUGCACUGCAGCCUUCAGGAUGGAGAGUAAGUUACUGCUGUUAGCGGCAGUGUUAGUCGCCGUGGCGCACUACACCCUGCCGGCCGACGCCGCCUUCACAUGCCCGAAGACAGCGUACCCCGUACCGAACCAAAACACGCCGGCCUGCCCGGCCGCCAGUAAACUGACCGCCGAUAUCACGACUCAGAAAACUGCAGCCGACAAACUCAAGACUGAUCUGGGGAAACAGAAGUCCCAGGCCCAGGCGGACCAGCGGAGUCUACAAAGCGCACUCAACUUGGAGAAAGGGAAAAGGCAAGCCGCCGGCACCAAGGUGACAGGUUUGAUGACUAAGGCGGCAGCCGUGCAGACGGCAGCAGCGGCAGGAGUGACCGCCGCUACCGGCACACAGGCAGCCAUCACCAACCUCAAGAGGAAGAUGCAGCUGCUCAAACAAAAAGUCAACGCUCUGGAAGCAAAGGCGCUUAAAAAGAAACCAAGCCCCAGCACCGGUACCCCUAGCGGCGGUACCCCCAGCGGUGGUACCCCGAGUGGUGGUACUCCAAGUGGUGGUACCCCUAGCGGUGGUACCCCCAGUGGUGGUACACCGAGUGGUGGUACACCGAGCGGUGGAACCCCAAGUGGUGGUACCCCUAGCGGCAGCGCUACGAAGCCCAGCCAUCCCCAAGACUGUGGAUAUAUCCACAAGCAGGACCCGCGCAAGCCCUCUGGUCUGUACAGCACCAAGAUUCCAGGUGAAACCAACUUCGUCAUCACCUACUGUGACAUGGACAUUGACGGAGGCGGCUGGACAGUCAUCCAGAGGCGCAAGGCACCCACCCCAUCAUUCGACAGGCCGUGGAACGACUAUAAGAACGGGUUCGGGCAGCCCAUGGACAGUUUCUGGUGGGGACUGGAGAAGGUGUACAAGGUGACGAAAGGACAGAACUUCAAACUCCGCAUAGAAAUGGAGGACACACAGGGGCUGAAGAAGAACGCCAUCUAUGACAAUUUCAGAAUUGACAGUGAGCUGAACAAGUACAAGCUGACUGUUGGCAAGUACACCGGGAAUGCCGGGAACGCCCUGAUGACUCACAACGGAGUGAAGUUCAGCACCAACGACCAGGACAACGACGACUACCCGGCAGACAGUUGUGCGAAGGCGUACAAGGGCGGAUGGUGGUACAACGACCACUGUUUCGACGCUAACCUGAACGGCUACUACAGCGACAAACAACCCACCGGUGCCAGCGGCUUCUGGCUGCCCUUCAACGGCUACAAGGGUCUGAAGUCGUCCACCAUGAUGAUACGUCACAUGAACUACAACCCUCCUGCUGCAGUUGCUCCUAUUGGGUAGUGAUAGCACCGUAUAGGGAACACCAGAAAGUGCGAAAUGGAACGAAAUGGAAUAAAAGUUCAUGAACGAAAUGGAACGAAAUGGAAUGAAGUGAACUUUCGAACGAAAUGGAACGAAGUGAACUUUCGAACGAAAUGGAACGAAGUGAACUUUCGAACGAAUUGGAAUGAAGUGAACUUUCGAACGAAAUGAACUUUCGAACGAAAUGGAACAAAAUACAUUUUCGUUCUAUUCUGCUUCAUUUCGCACUUUGUGUACACCACCGUAAAGCGUCUUGCUCAACACAUAGACGACUUACACUUCCCAACACAGAAGGAAAUGUUAUCUUAGCUAACCGAAAAUAAUACAUCGUGUGUAACGUUACUCAAAAUAACGUAUACGUACAAGACAUCAUAACGAAUGUAAAAGAUGAAUUAUGAUUUCACUCAUCAUUUAAGAAGGCUCUGAUAAACAAAGUAAACGAGUAUGAAAUAUGUUUUGUGACUAGACUGAUACUGAUACUCUUAAAAUUGCGUCAAACACAUCUGCUGAACUAUCAAUAAAGAUACACGUACAAAGCAA